AUGAAGACUCUCAAAAUUUUUGUAUUUAUUCAUCUAAUUGUUCUGGUUUCGGCAUAUGGAAGUGGAUCUGGUUGUUUUUCUCAUGGUAGAAUUUGAAUUACUAAAUUAAUUAACUUUUCAGAGGAAAGUCAAAUUGACGAGAUUAUCAAUGAUCACACAAUUACUCAUUUUUUGGUUCAAAAAGCGAUUCAUCUUUCUGAAAAUUCGAAAGAAGUUGAUGAGUUGGAAGAAAUGGAAGCGCUUGAUAGAGCAUCACCGGAAUAUUCAAAGAAUCAGGUUUUUUUUCAAGUUUUAAAUACAUACAGUCUACAACCAGAAGAUGUUCCUAUUUACACUAAACAUCUUGUUCCAGUUUAUAAUAAAAAUAAUGGACGAAGCGGACGAUUAUCCAUUGGAAGAGCAAAUUGAAAAUUUUGAAAAUGUGCUUUUCUACGCUUUCAAAUCAUUUGGUUGUGAUCGCGAAGAAAUUUGGCCAAAUUAUUAUCAACUGACUGAAACCAAUUUGCAUUGCAUUGCCUACAGUUUGAUGGAACAAGUUUAUACACAAUCGGAAUUUGUUUGUUUUGUUUCAUUUCUUUUUAUCAGUGAUGUUUCAAUGACAGAAUAAUAUUUGUUUCAGACUCGAAAAUAUUUUGCACGUGCUAUUCAUUUUGGGUUGAACAGCAACACUCCUAUCGGCCAUAGAAUAAAUGAAAUGGUAAUUAUGUUUUUGAGUGAUGUCAAAAUUUAAAGAGAGGGUUUUUUUGUGAAUUGAAAAAAACUGGAACUAGACAUUUUCAGGCUGUUUAUCAGUUUUUGCUUCCGGAUAUGGAUCGAGUAUGGUUUGGAUCGUUGAAAGCAAUUAUUAAGGUACAAAUCUGGGAUGCUAAACCGGGGCUUUUUCGAUUGAUAAAAUAAACAUUUCGAAAAAAAAUCCGAAAGUGUUUUUUUGAAAUUAUCAGCCUGAUAAUAUCAGGAUUUCUAGAAUUUUUGAAAACAAUUAUAAUUUUUUUCAGAAUAGCCUGUGGAACGAAAUUGAAACUUGGAGAGAAGAACAUUACGAGACAACAAGUUUCAAAUGCGGUUCAAUUGCUUUUAUUCAAACUCUUCAAGACGAUAUUGACAAAUAUGUAAAUGGAAAAUAA